GCCCGCAACUUUAAGCUCUCCAUGAACCUAGCCCGGCAUUCCAUCACACAGACAAAUCCGGUCCAGAUAUUUAACACUCAGUUUGACGCAGAUUGUCAGAUAUUCACGACAGUGACCCCGGUCGGCUUCGCGGUUUAUCAGGCAUGGCCAUUGAAACUACUUCGUAAGAGAGAGUUCAGCGGAGGUACUCUGGCCGCAGCCGUGCCAUGUCACACGUCAUCGUUGCUCUUCCUCCUUGGUGGAGGCCGUAGCCCCUUGUAUCCGCCGAAUAAGGUCAUUUUGUGGGACGACAGUGCUGGGGCUGAGGUUGCCGAGCUUGAGUUCAGGGAGAAAGUUGGAGGCCUUGCAUGCAGAAGAGGGUGGCUGGCUGUGGCUUUGCGUAGAAGAGUCGUCGUUUUCGAAGUGCACGAGACUGUGGUCAGGAGGGGAGAGUAUGACACCUGCGAUAAUCCUCGAGGCCGGCAGAUGGGACAUGUACAGUUAAUCCAGUUGCCACCGUGCAGACCUCCUGAACCGCUUGGCCCGCCACUACCUGUUCGUCUCGCUAAACCCCCAACAUCCACGGUCAGACACCCUGUUUCGAUUAUUGCUGCACACGAAUCACCCCUAACAACACUUUCCGUUACUUCCUCUGGUCGACUAGUCGCAACGACGUCAUUGAGAGGGACACUGGUGAGAAUAUGGGAGACUUCGAACGGCAAGCUUAUGAAAGAGUUUCGGAGAGGGUCAGACAAAGCGGAAAUUUACGGAGUCGCAUUUCGUCCGGAUGAGAAGGAGGUUGCUGUGUGGAGUGAUAAAGGAACCAUCCAUGUUUUCUCUCUGGCACCAGCAGGUGGAUCAAACCGGCAGUCUUCCCUGUCACCUCUAGCCCCUUUCCUUCCGUUGCCCAAGUAUUUCGAUUCACAGUGGUCGUAUGCGCAAUACCGCAUUCCAGCACAAGCUGCUCAUAUAUCUCUGUCGUCCACUUCAUCUGUUCGCUCGCCUGCCACGGACCUUGCAGCGGAUGAAAAAUGCGUUGUGGGAUGGAUCAAAAUACCUUCAGAAACAGAAGAGCCACUGCAGGAGUACCAGCUGAUCACUCUGACCUACAGCGGAGGGUGGUAUCGUCUUUCUCUUCCUCUAAAGGGUCCGCUGGCCGAUCAUUCUGACCUCAGUGGCACUUCGCAAGACCCGUCUCAUAGGGCCUCUCCAGUCCCUCGUCAACGGACGUUCAGUGUUUCAUCCAUCAGUUCGGCACCGGAGAAAGGUAAAGGGAAAGAACGGGAGAAAGAACGAAGGGAUGGUCAUGAUCUGAUACUUGAGGAGUACCGCAAGUAUGGUCGGUGGGAUGGCUGGGGAUGAGGUCGCUGUCUUCACUGCAUACAUAUAUCCUUGUACUCUCUAAUACUACUGUUCCCAAUUUAUGUCCUCCUGCUUGAGGAUUAUGUAAUCAACUUGACGAG